UUGGAAGACAGGAAGAAAUGGAUAAAGCCCAUGCAUAUGGUGAUGAAAUUUUGUGCCCUGUGUGUUUAAACAUAUUUGAGACUCCAGUUUCCAUCCCUUGUGGACACAGCUUCUGUGAAAAAUGUAUUACACAGUCUUGGGAUCUAAAGGAGGAUGAACAGCCUUAUUCCUGUCCGGUCUGCAAAGAGAGGUUUAGAAAUAGACCUCAGGCAUAUAAGAAUUUUGCACUUAAUACCAUGAUUAAGAAGAUAAAGAAAAUAACAAUCAAUCUUCCUAAAAAGAGUUAUGUGCAACCCAAAGAGGGCUUUUGUGUUGUAUGUACCAGGGUGAAUUCCAGAGCCAUCACAAUCUGUCUGACCUGCUUGGCUUCCUAUUGUGAGACUCACAUUCAACCUCAUAUGGAGUCUGAGGCGCUGAAGGCACACAAGCUUAAUGAGCCAGAUACAAAACUGCAGAAGGUUUGUGCAGUUCAUGGAAAACCUUUGGAUCUUUUCUGUAAAUUUGAUCGGAAAAUUAUCUGCUCAGAGUGCUCCGUAACCAGGCACAAGGGGCACAAUAUAGAGCUGGCUAUGCAUACUAUAAAUCCUGUGAAUGUGUCAGGGAAUGUGCUUGAGAAAGGUCCUAACUCAGACUCUGAGAUAAGGGUCGUACUGCUUGGAAAGAGUGGAGUUGGGAAGACUUUGGCCUGCAACACUAUACUGGGGAGGAAAGGUUUCAGAGAUGAACCAGGAACUACUAGAUGUGAGAAAAGGGAAACAAUGAUUGAUGGCUGCCCUGUUGUUGUAAUCGACACCCCUUCCUUCUUUAGUACACAAAUUCCUCAGGCAACUGUCAUUGAGGAAGUUAGAAGGUGUAUGGAACUGUCUUAUCCGGGGCCACAAGUGUUUUUAACUGUGGUGGAGAUUGGCAAUUUUAAUGAAAAAGAUAGUGAAAUGAUAAAGAUGAUCUCAGAUAUUUUUGGCAGGAAAGUUUAUAAACACAUGAUGGUCCUUUUCACUCAUGGAGAAAAUCUAGGAUUCAAAAACAUCAAGAGGUUUGUUCAAGAAGCGAAGGGGAUCUCAAGAAGUUGCUCAGCAUGUGUAACUACAGGUAUCAUGUCUUUAGAGACUCAGCAAUACGUUACGGGAUGA